UGUUUCAAUCUAAAUAUCUAACAUCCCUUCGAUAAAACUGUCUGACUGAUUAGGACAUUUUGCUCGUCGAUUUUAAAUUGAACUUUUGUAAUCACUCGUAAUCUCUUCCGUUUAGAUCUGGCAAUAUCGAAUAUCGCGAAUCAACGAUUUCGUGUUUAUCUUAUCUGACAAAUUCUCGUGUAUUCUAACCAGGUAGCGAAGAUUAGACCAGAGUCGAUAUCCACAUUCGCGAUUAACAAUGCCGAAAUGAAAUAACCGAACUGAUUUUGUGUUUCUUUCGAUUUGGAAUAUCGUAGGUGUUCAAGUGUCACAGGAUCGCGGAAACAUGGGCGCGGAAACAGUCGACACCGGUGGUGUCUUUAGAAAGACCGGCACGAGACCGGAAGUCCUCAAGCACGACCGGAAAUUGCCUGGGAAUAUGGAACGCGGUCUGCACGAGCGCGACCGAGUCGGCGUUCAGGACUUCGUUCUGCUGGAAGACUUUUGCAGCGAAUCCGCCUUUAUCAAUAAUCUACGCAAACGAUUCAAGGAGGAUCUCAUUUACACGUACAUUGGCCAGGUAUUGGUGUCGGUGAAUCCUUAUAAAAAACUGCCUAUUUAUACUCCGGAGACCAUCCUAUACUAUCACGGAAGAAACUUUUUCGAAGCAGCGCCUCACAUUUUUGCUCUUGCGGACACCGCCUAUCAGUCCUUGUCGAAAGAGAACUGUGAUCAAUGCAUUUUGAUUUCAGGCGAGUCGGGAUCUGGAAAAACGGAGGCGUCCAAAAAGAUUUUAGAAUUUAUCGCGGCUGCCACUGGGCAUAAAAAACAGGUGGAAGAAGUGAACGACAAAUUGAUCGGCAGCAAUCCCGUGCUGGAGGCUUUCGGUAAUGCGAAGACUAAUCGCAAUGACAAUUCAUCCCGCUUUGGAAAAUACAUGGAUGUUCAAUUCAAUUUCCAGGGAAACCCAAUUGGUGGAAAUAUUCUAAACUAUUUGUUGGAGAAAUCUCGAGUAGUUCAUCAAUCAGUUGGUGAGAGGAAUUUUCAUAUCUUCUAUCAGCUUUUGGCAGGCGCGGAUGAUGAUACAUUGAGAAAAUUGUUUUUGAAAAGAAAUCUCGAUACUUUUUUCUACUUGAGCAACGGAACAAAAGGGACAAUAGAUACCAUUGACGAUGCUAAUCAGUACAAAGAAGUCGUUCGUGCGAUGAGGACCAUGGAAAUGUUUCAGCAGGAACAAAAUGAUCUGUUCGCCAUAGUUGCAUCGGUGUUGCAUAUGGGUAAUGUGGGUUUCUCAGAGGAGGAUGGUACAGCAACCAUUCUGAAACCUGCAUCUGUCGAUGCCGUUGCCGCGUUGCUAGGAUGCGACGUGAAGCGACUGGCAAAGGCGUUUACUCAUCGUACCAUAGAUGCUCAUGGUGACGUAGUAGUUUCACCUUUAAAUAGGGAAUUGGCUAUUUAUGCGAGAGAUGCGCUGGCGAAGGCCGUGUAUGACAGAUUAUUCACCUGGCUCGUGACUAGACUUAACAAGUCUUUACAGCCUCAGAUUAAUCCUCAACGCACAAUAGUCAUGGGCAUUUUAGACAUUUACGGUUUUGAAAUUUUCCAAAAAAACAGUUUUGAACAAUUCUGUAUUAACUUUUGCAAUGAGAAAUUACAACAAUUGUUUAUCCAAUUGACACUGAAAUCAGAGCAGGAGGAAUACUUGCGCGAAGGAAUAACUUGGGAGAAUGUAGAGUAUUUUAAUAACAAAAUUAUCUGCGAUCUAAUCGAAGAGAAGUAUAAAGGAAUAAUAUCAUUAAUGGAUGAGGAGUGUCUGCGACCUGGUGAACCGACGGACAUGAGUUUCCUAGAAAAAUUGAAUGUAAAUUUGAAUAAUCAUCCUCAUUACAUCAGUCAUCAAAAGGCUGAUAUACAAACGCAGAAGAUCAUGGGACGAGAUGAAUUUAGAUUGGUGCAUUACGCCGGCAAUGUUACGUAUAACGUACGCGGAUUUCUCGAGAAAAAUAAUGAUCUAUUGUUCCGAGAUUUACGUGAAGUUAUGUCUCAUACAACGAAUUCCAUCACAAAGAGUGUAUUCGACGUGAAAGAUUUAACUAGUAAAAAACGCCCAGAUACUGCCAUAACGCAAUUUAAAAAUAGUUUGAAUAAUCUGGUUGAAAUCCUCAUGGGCAAAGAACCCUCUUAUAUUCGUUGCAUCAAACCCAAUGAUUUUAAAAUGCCUAAUCAAUUUAACGAAAAAAUUGUGUUGCAUCAAGUGAAAUACUUGGGUCUGAUGGAAAAUCUGCGAGUGAGACGCGCCGGUUUUGCUUAUCGAAGACCAUACGAACAAUUCUUGCAACGUUACAAGUGCCUUUGCGCGGAAACUUGGCCGAAUUAUCACGGACCAGCCAAGGAAGGAGUGCAGACGCUCGUCUGUUAUCUCGGUUACGAACGCAAUGAAUAUAGGAUGGGAAAUACAAAAUUAUUCAUCCGAUUUCCCAAGACGUUAUUCUAUACGGAGGACGCGUUCCAAAUAAAGAAACACGAGGUAGCCGCUAUUAUCCAGAGCAAGUGGAAAGGUAUAUUAAUGAGGAGGAAAUAUUUAGAGAUGCGCGAAUCGGCGAUUGUCUUCCAGAAAUACAUUCGCAGAUGGCUCGCGAAACGCCAAGCGAGAAAACGACGACAGGCAGUUGUCACUCUCCGCAGAUUUAUCGAAGGUUUUAUCACCCGCGAGGGACCACCUACAGAGAUUAAUAAGGCAUUUAUCGAAUUGGCGAAAUCGCAAUGGCUCAUCAGACUUUCAAAAACAUUACCACCGGGGAUCUUAAAUAAAUACUGGCCACCGUGUCCAUAUUCUUGCCAAGAGGCGUCAGAGCAUUUGCACGUAAUGCACAGGCGAUGGAAAGCCCGUCAUUAUCGAAUGGCAUUGAGCAAAGAGGAUAAAGAACACUUCGAGCUAAAGAUUCUCGCGGAAUCUCUGUUCAAGGACAAGAAAAAGUCUUACACAAAAAGCAUAGGUCCAAGAUUUGUAACCGAUCGUCUUGGAGAAGAGCACAAAACACUGCGACAGAGCUUUAUUAACAACAUUUUGCCUUCUGGAGAAAGUAUAAAAUACGUCACUCCUGUCAUUAAAUAUGAUCGGCAUGGAUAUAAACCACGCGAGAGAGUGCUUAUUUUAACAGAAAAUGCUGUGUAUAUCUUCGACACGCUUAAAACCAUCAAACUUAAGCAUCGCUUGCCCUACAAGGCUAUCGAGGAAUUGGUCGUCACUGGGGAAUCGGAUAAUUUACUCAUUGUUAGGAUACCACCUGAAUUGAAAAAGGAUAAGGGUGAUUUGAUCUUAGAAGUUCCACAUUUAAUAGAAGCUUUAACGAAAGCGAUUCAUAUCACCAGUAAUCCAAACAUUCUUAAGAUCGUUAAUACUGAAUCUGUGUCCCACAAACUAGUCAGUGGUAAGGAAGGAGUUAUUGAAGUUAGGACCGGAGCCACUCCGGCGAUCAGUAAAAAUCGACAGAGUGGCCACUUAUUAGUGGUCGCUUCUCCGUGAAAUGAUCUCUCGAGGACCGGUAGAACCCGGUAUUUAUGAUGCCUGCUGGCAGCCUUAAUGCAAUGUGAUUUAGAAAAUACGCAACAGAAUAUUAAGAAGAAAUAAUAUAUGAUAUUUAAAUGUAUUUUUAAGCUCUAACGAUUUUUUAUUUUAUUGCAAUAAGAUGAUGAAACGACAUACAUAGAUCUUUCGUUCUGACGUAUAGAUUACGUCAAAUUAUUGAUAUAAAUACGAAAGGCAUAGAGUGCUAUAAGGUCUCAUGUAUAUUUCCUUGUAAAUUAGAUAAUAUUACUAAGGAAUAUUUAUUCUGAUAGAAAGAUGAAAGCGAUUCAAAUUGGUUUGUCAAUAACUUAUAAACGUUACCUAGACAUAAGUUAAAUUUCAUUUAAGUGAAUACAAUAAAUAUAGAAAAA